AUGACCGAAUUUCCGAUCCACGUAGAGCUCAACAGCCGUUACAACGCCUUCGAUACAUCAGGAAAGCUACCAUUCAGUGUGGUCUUUGGUCUUUGUCGGUUACAAAAGUCCGAUACAGACUCUCGACCAAUACUCGUUGAAACGGCUGGUUCAGUCUUCGAUGUGCCUUACGCCCUGAUGCAUGGGUUACUUAUACUGUACGAAGAACGCCCCGGGGAAUCUACGAAGUGGGUUGAAGUGGAUAUAAGCUCGAUGGGCGAGGUGGAUGAGGGCAACUCAGGUUGCAUCUCAGUUCCGUCUCCGAUCCACCGGAAAAAGAACUGGAGAGAUGAUCUCACGGUAUACCUAUGCGCUAUCGAUCCCCAGGGGGUGUUAGCAUUAGUCCUGAAGCCGCGAAAAAGAUACAGAAUAAAACUCGCAAGCCGCGACCUUGGUGUCAAAAAAUGGGUUUAUAGUGACCGAGAGAGGUUUUCCGACAGCGACGGAGACAGUGAGGAGGCGAAACUGGUAAACAGCUACUCUCAUGGCCAUGCAGCUUUUAAUGUUGUUGAUGACCUGACGUUUCCACCUCAACUAGAGGUGAGAAUACGCCUAGUCAAGAGUAUGUCCUUGGAAGUCACUGUUGUCAACACUGGCUCGGAGACUGCGACCGUGCAACCACGGGGGCACCAGAACUUUCUCGUCCCAUGGGGUCCUUCGGCUCCAGAACCUGACACCCUCGACGAACGCCCAAGGAUCAUCGACCAGUCAAAGCAACGACACUCGCCUGUGUCAAGUCUCUUCGUCGUCAAUGCUGCAACUGAUGAAAUAGUACGCGGACAUCACGAUACUAGCAUCUGUCACUUGAGGGAUUCAAAAGCCGACCUGCGACCGACGAUUGAUGAGUUGUCAAUCUUGAAGCCUGAAACCCCAGUCGUUAACGUAGUUGAUAUUAGCUCAAAGAUCAAGGGCCUUGAGGACGGACGAUACAAGAUUCGAAUGCAUCCAAAGGGUUGCCGAUGGUGGCGCGACGUGCUGAGGAAAGAAGAGGGAGAAGGCGAGAAGGUCUCAAUGCGUCUAUGGAAGAAUUGGACUGUUCCAAUCAUGCUGGAUUCAGAAGACGAAUUAGAGAUAACCAUCAAAGAUGGGAAAGUAGAUGGAAGUGCGCACCUGAUUGCUCCCACAAACUUCACAAUGGCUUCUUUUUUCCCUCGUGCAGCUUCUCGAGCUCUUCGCUCUUCAGCGCGCCCUGCACUAAGGGUACAGCGCCCUGCUGCCCCACUAUUCCGUCGUGGAUUCGCGCUCCCAGCUGAGCAACCACGACUGAGGCUGGGCUCCAUUGCGCCCAACUUUCAGGCGAAGACUACUCAUGGCGACAUGGACUUCCACAAAUUCUUGGACAACAAGUGGACCAUCCUAUUCUCGCACCCUGCCGACUUCACUCCCGUUUGCACAACUGAGCUUGGAGCUUUCGCGAAGCUCAAGAAUGAAUUUGAUGCGCGAGGCGUUCAGAUGAUUGGUUUGAGCGCCAAUGACCUAAGCUCGCACGACCAGUGGAUCGACGACAUCAACGAGACGUCCAACACCACGGUACAAUUCCCAAUCAUCGCCGACGCAGACCGCCACGUCGCUUUUCUCUACGACAUGAUCUCGCAAGACGACCUUGACGCGCUUCAGAAGAACGGCGGCAUUGCCUUUACAAUCCGUUCGGUCUUCAUUAUCGAUCCGGCGAAGAAGAUUCGUCUCACAAUGUCGUACCCCGCGAGCACGGGCAGGAACACUGCAGAGGUGCUCAGAGUCAUCGACAGCUUGCAGACAGGAGAUAAGAAGGGUAUUGCGACACCUAUCGAUUGGCAGAAGGGCCAGGACGUUAUUGUACCCCCCAGUGUCUCCACCGAGGAUGCGAGGAAGAAGUUUGGCGACGUCAGAGAGGUCAAGAAGUACUUGCGCUUCACCAACGUUGGAAAAUGA